CACUUUUGGAAGCACUAGCCAAGGAAUUGCCUGAGGGGAGCAUCAGAUUCAACUCCAAAAUCGUUUCCCUACACAGAGACACGCUCUGUCCUUUCACCACACUAGAGCUUGCAGACGGAACAUCCCUCACAGCAAAGAUUGUGAUAGGAUGUGAUGGAGUGUACUCAACGGUUGCAAGAUAUAUGGGCCUCCCACCAGCCAAAUCAUCCCGACGCAUUGCCAUUAGAGGCAUGGUCACAUAUACAGAAGGCCACCAUUUCGAGAAGCUCAUGGUACAACUUUGGGGUAAAGGAGUAAGGGCAGGGUUUCUCACUUGCACUGACAAAAAAAUUUACUGGUUUGUGAGUAGGAGAUCCCAUCCACAAGAUGCAGAGAUCUGUGGGGAUGCUGAGAAGGUUAGGCAUGCAGCUCUGGAGAUGGUUAGAGAUUUCCCUGAGCCCAUUGCAGAACUAAUAAAGUCGAGCCCAGCGGAGACCAUUAAUAUGGCAGAACUGAAGGUGAGGUGGGUGUGGCCAUGGGAGUGGGGAAGAGGGAUGGAAAAGGGAAAGGGAAGCGUAACCAUUGUUGGAGAUGCAUUGCACCCAGUGUCGCCUGAUCUUGGUCAAGGCACCUGUAUGGCUCUAGAGGACGCUGUCCAUCUUAGCAGAUGCUUAGAACAAGCCAUCAAAUCUGUAAACAUGGUGGAGUGGGGAGAAGCCGAGGUGGAAAAGAUAGAAUCCUGUUUCAACAAAUACCUAGAUGAGAGGAGAUGGCGAAUAUCUAGUAUUGCGAGUGUUGCUUUUGUGAUAGGACUUAUACAGGAGGGAUCCUCAAGACUCAUGUUUUAUUCGUGAUUGGAUUUUUUUCCCUUUGUUCUCUAUGAGAUAUAUUCUCUACUUUGUACACACUUAGACAAUGG